CGCUGAUUCAAGAAAUACAACAAAGGCCGAUGAGUUCGUGAUGGCCGAAAUUUGAAAGCACCGAAAGUUGACGGAGUUUGUCCCAAAAAUACUCGUGAAGCAGGGUCGUUUGUAGUGGUUACUGGAAACUCAAGUGUGCAGAAUAGCCUAGAGAGGUGAGAUUAAGGAGUGGCAGAGAUCAUUGGUGUUUAUGGUUACAAUGUUGAUCAAAGCCAAAAGUGCAUUAAAAAGUUCAAAAUAUUCUGUAGUGCAAUAUCUUUAGAUGAGCAUGGCAAUCCAAAAUGAGUGUAAACAAGAAUGUAGUGUAUGGCCAGCCUACCAACAUAGAUAGUAGUCAACAUAAUGUUAUGCAGCCAACUUCCCCACUUCAUGGAUAUCCCCCUGGAUCCUCUCCGUAUGGUUAUGUGCCUCCAGGAGCAGUGAGAUCCAGUGGUAUUGCAACAAGUCAUUGGAGAAGUGUAGGGUACACAUCACAAGCAAAUUGGGCUGUUACACAAUCCCAAGCUACAUUUCAAAACCAACAUCAUUUACAAGAGAACAUCCAGUCUCGCCAACUACCAGUUUCACAUACUCCUGUCACUAGUAACACUGUUCAUUACCAUGGUGACCACUUAUCUACUGUAUCAAGUCCUAAUAGUUUGACUCAUCACAGCACCUCAUUAGGACAAGGUUGGAGUUCACAUGUGCAGUCUCGGCAGCAUAAUACACAAGCUAGCCAUACUUUAAGUUCAGCAACUUCAAACACUGUGCACUUAGAACUAAAACAAGAACAAAAAAGUGAAGAUGAAGAUUACAUGGAUCCAAAUUUAUUAAGACACAAAGUCCUAGAGUUUUAUAUGGAAGCUAUGGAACAUGUGAGGGUUACAUAUAGAGAUAAGCUUCAAGAAUUGUUUUUUCUUCAAAAUGGUGGAAACCUAGUUGAUUAUCAUGGUUGGAGAAAAAGGCCAAAUCCUCAGCUGGUAGCAUUUCUAAACGCCAGUCGUUUAGAUCAUGAAAUGAGUGUCUCAACUCCCACUGCAACUAAUACUGUGUCUCCCUCGAUUCAAGCCCAGGCUGUAUAUGGCAGCCAGCCUUACCCAGUAUUUAUGUAUCAGGGGGCACGUCAACCAAGCACAGAUCAUGGAGAUAACAGACAGCUUCAUGGACACCUAGGAAAACCAAUACACCAUCCACAAGCAACCGUUUCUCCUGCAUAUCCUCUCACCUAUGGUUUUGCUCCACAAGUAUCUCAUUCAACUUCACAGCAGCAGAGCUCUCAACCAGUUUCCACCACUGUUACACAAGCUGACACAACUUUAGGACCACAGCAAGCUAAAAACAAUGCACAACCACAAAGUGCAUCUGGAAACAGAGAGGCUCAAGUGCAAAGAACCUUUGCACCAACCGUGCCUUCACCAUAUGCCGCUUCUUUGUCUUCAAUGUAUGGGAAUCCAUUAGGGACCCAAGAGGAUAUUGCUAUGCAAGCUCGUAAAGAGCAGGAAAUUUUGCAGCGGGUAGCUGAGCUUCGAAAAGAGGGACUUUGGUCAGCUAGCAGGCUUCCAAAAGUUUAUGAGCCACCUAGAAAGAAAGCUCAUUGGGAUUAUUUACUUGAAGAAAUGCAAUGGCUUGCAACUGAUUUUGCACAAGAGAGAAGAUGGAAGCGUAACAUGGCUAGAAAGGUGUCUAAAUCAGUCAUGAAGUUCCACCAAGAUAAGAAAAUGAAAGAGCAAAGAGCAAAGAAAGAAGAGUCAGCCAAACUGAAAAGAAUAGCUUCGAGCAUGGCCAAGGAAAUUAAACAGUUUUGGCAAGCAGUUGAAAAGGUAGCACAAUACAAGCAUCAGUCGCGAUUGGAGGAAAAGAGGAAAAAAGCUCUUGAUCUGCAUUUAAAUUUUAUCGUGGAUCAAACUGAGAAAUACUCAUCUUGGUUGGUUGAAGGAUUCAAGAACUCUGAGAAAGGAUCAACUAUUUCAUCACCCAGAUCUUCGCAAGUUGAGUCAGGUUCUGAGGCGUACGAAGCUUCAGAUGAUGCCGAAGAUGACGAGGGAACUAUUGAGGAAGAAGAGCAAAACCAGGACAAAAAGAAGUACACAGACGAAGUAGAGGCUCUUCAGAAAGAAAGCGAGAUGUCCCUUGAUGACAUUUUGGAAGGUCUUCCUCCUGAAAUGAUAAAGCAUCUUAUGGCAUCACAGCCAGCUGCUAAAGGAUCUGUUGAAGAUGGUGGAAGCGUGACAGAUGAAGAUGAUGACAGCGCGAUGGGCAAUAACGACACAGAGUUUGUAGCUUCGAAUGAAGAUGAUGGAGAUGAUGAAGAAACCCUUGCAGAACAGGAGAAGUGCGAAGGAGGUCGCGUCGAUCAUCAAGAGGAAAUUGAAAAUCUAGAGAAAGAAGGUGAAAUGCCGCUAUCCGAGCUCUUGAAAUUGUAUGAUAUCGAACAAUCAGAGAUCGGCGUUGCAGAGGAGGGUAGAGAAAAUGAACUCGAUGAGGAUGAAUUUGAUGAGGAUGAUUCUUCAAAUGAAGACAUGAGCGGCGAUGAAGGAACAGAAGCUCUACUUGAAAAAUCAAGUUCGACCGAGAAAAAUGACGAGAAUUCUGACAAGGUUCCUGACGACAUGCUGAACGAUGUUGCUGCAACUGCACAGAGUUUACAACCCAAAGGCUUUACCCUCUCUACUGCAGAGGUAAAAACGGCAAUACCAUUUCUGCUGCACCACACGUUACGGGAAUAUCAGCACAUUGGUUUGGAUUGGCUUGUUACCAUGUAUGACAAACAACUGAACGGCAUUCUAGCUGACGAAAUGGGCCUCGGAAAAACGAUCGAAACAAUCGCAUUACUGGCCCAUUUGGCAUGCGAGAAAGAAGUCUGGGGCCCACACUUGAUUGUUGUUCCCACAAGUGUCAUGCUUAAUUGGGAAUACGAAUUCAAAAAGUGGGUUCCUGGCUUCAAGAUUUUAACUUAUUACGGUACUCAAAAAGAAAGAAAACAAAAAAGACAGGGUUGGUCCAAGCCGAACGCCUUUCACAUAUGCAUAACCUCUUAUAAGCUAGUAUUGCAAGACCACCAAGCAUUUCGAAGAAGAAAAUGGAAGUAUCUGAUUCUCGACGAGGCUCAGAAUAUUAAGAAUUUCAAGUCGCAAAGAUGGCAGACUUUGCUCAAUUUUAACAGCCAAAGGCGUCUUCUCCUGACUGGCACUCCGCUGCAAAAUAAUCUGAUGGAGCUGUGGUCUUUGAUGCAUUUUUUGAUGCCACACCUGUUUUCAUCACACCAAGACUUCAAGGAGUGGUUCUCUAAUCCUCUCACGGGGAUGAUCGAAGGCAAUCAGGAGUACAAUGAAAAUAUUGUUAAAAGGCUUCACAAGGUGCUGCGCCCAUUUCUGCUCCGUAGAUUGAAGAGUGAAGUAGAGACGCAAUUACCUAAAAAAUAUGAGCACGUGAUCCGUUGCUCUUUGUCAAAGAGACAAAGAUACUUAUAUGAAGAGUUCAUGGCCAGGACAAAAACGAAGGAGACGUUAGAAAAUGGGAAUUUCCUAAGUGUAAUCAACAUAUUGAUGCAGCUGCGGAAGGUCUGCAAUCACCCCGACCUGUUUGAAUCGCGUCCGACUGUAUCUGCUUUCAUAAUGGACACCAGAAUCACUUGUAGAAUACCAUCGAUUAUAUUAGAUGUGGCAGAAUACCGCCCUCUCGAACAAAUAGACUUAGGAUCGCUAAAUUUCUGUUUUGCUGAUGCGGAAUUGUCUAUACCGGCUUUUGCUAGCCACCGGACACAGGAAUUGCAAAUUAAAGGAAACCUGAUUGAAGAGAUCGGACUUGAUACGUCUUCCGGGGAGAUUAAAUCGGAUGAUGCACGUGACUCUGGCGCUGCAUCGAACAUUUUCGAGAUUUUCAACCCAGAUUUGAAAGUUACCGGAGACAAUGGACUUAAUAUUGAAAAUGCAAAUUCUUGCGAUGGGAACGAAAUCGAUGUUGUUGGAGAUAUUGAAAUGGAUGAUUUAUCCGAAGAUGACAGUGAAAGAAAAGCAGGACGGCUGUUCGAAGAUUAUGUAAAUGUGGAAAGUUCUAUGUUCACUAUGCCAAGCUUAAAGGAAAAGGCGAUGACGCUUAGGAAAGAGCGACUCCAGCGACUAAUAAAGCUGAAUGAUAGGCGUUGCCAAGCUCGACCGAUCUACGGUUCAGAUUUAUGUCAUUCAGUCAUGUUAGAUAAGGGACCUAGAAGGCGUUGGGUUGGAGCUUUGAGUCACCAAAGAAAGCAAACAUCGACACAAUGCAGAGCGUUGUGUGAUAUGGUUAAAAGUCGGGAGGAUAUAGUUGAAAAUCUUACGGAAGUCAUUGGAAGAUUCGUCUUUGUGAUUCCUACAGUGGAAUCCCCAACGAUAGAUUUCCAUGUGUCGCAUCCGCCUCCUGUCUGGCGAAGUAAGCAACAGAAGCUUGAUGAGUUCGCUGAUCAGGCUCUACAUGUUGAUCAGUCCUGGAUCAUUUCCCGGCAUAUGAGGGUUCAGUUUCCGGAAACGAGGCUUAUUCAAUAUGACUGUGGUAAGCUUCAAACGCUGGCCGUCCUGCUGCGAAUGUUGAAGCCUGAUAAGCACAGGGCGCUUAUAUUCACCCAGAUGACAAAAAUGCUGGAUGUUUUAGAAAAAUUUCUAACAUAUCAUGGAUAUAUUUAUUUGCGACUAGACGGGACAACCAAAGUAGAACAACGUCAGGUCUUGAUGGAGAGGUUUAAUCAGGACUCAAGGAUUUUCUGUUUUAUAUUAUCAACGCGUAGUGGCGGCAUCGGCGUGAAUCUAACCGGAGCGGAUACAGUUAUCUUUUACGACAGCGACUGGAAUCCGACCAUGGAUGCCCAGGCUCAAGACAGAUGCCAUAGGAUAGGACAAACACGAGAUGUACAUAUAUAUAGGCUGAUCUGUGAACAAACAGUAGAAGAAAACAUAUUGAAGAAGGCGCACGAAAAACGCAUCCUAGGAGAUAUUGCCAUAGAAGGUGGAAAUUUCAACACUGCUUUUUUCAAAAAGAACACCAUAAAAGAUCUGUUUGCAAUUCAACAUGGAAUGGACAGCCAGUUGGCCAACCAACAAGUUGCAAGCGUCCAGACAAGCCAGGGUGUUAUCGAGGUAGAAAGCGUGGAUACCCAAGUUGCACCAUCCACACCAGAAUCGAAAACCGAAAGGAAGAAGAUGGCAGCUUUCGAACAGGCGCUUUUCAAAGCAGAGGAUGAGCAAGAUGUCAGGGCAGCGUCAACAGCAAAAGCUGAACAAGUUGCAGAAAUGGCCGAAUUCAACGAGAAUGUGCCAAUCAAAGCUGAUGAUGAAAACGAAGAAGGCAAAUCAAAAGUGGAGGAAGAUAUCGCGAACUUGGAAAGUGAGCUGACGCCUGUUGAGCGGUUCGCAGUGAGGUUUUUAGAAACAACCUGCGACUAUUACAAUGUAGAGGAAGUGGAAGAUGCUGAAACACAGGUCGAGGUCGCCAAGAAAGAGUGGGAGCUUGAACAUUUACAGGCAAAGAAGGAAGCCGAAGAGCGAAAGAACGCGAUGGAAGAAGAUGACAUGUUUUUCACUUACGCAAGAGACGAAACAUACAACCAGCCAUACAUUGACGAUUACACCGGUGCUGAGAUGCCUAUAUGGACACCACCGACCCCUCCAAAUGAUGGCGAAGAUGAAGUGAUAAUGGAUCAAACAUUCAACUUUCUGUACGAAUCCAGUGUCAUUCCUGAGAAUCAUUUGCCACCAACUCACAUAUUCAAGAAAAAUGGCAUGGAUCUGUAUGCAGUCAAGUCAAACAGCAAAAGAACACAUUACCUUGGGGUAUUCAAACGUAAAAGAGAACGCAUUUCGAAAGGCAAAUCAAUCUUUGACAAGAGAGCUUUGGAACUUUUGAACCGUGCUAAGCUGAAGAAGUCGAAACUGAAGCAAAAAGGAGCCGCAUUGCCGUUGCAGGGCCACUCGAACAAGCCCGACUACUCACAGCACGGACCGGAAUGGCAGAUCAAUGAAGACUGGGCUUUACUACAAGCCGUAAACACCAUCUCAGAGUUGCCCCUGGAUCCUGUGUCCGAAACAUUGCAUAACAAAAUACCAAAUUGGGAUAUAGUCAGUGAUGUAGUCAAUGCAACAAGUAUCGUCCGGAGGUCUGCACGACAAUGCCGUGACAGGUAUAUGAAUGUUAUACUUCCAAGAGAGGAAGGCAAGGCUGGGUCGCAUCACGACUAUGACCAAAAGUCAAAGAAGAAGAAAGGUUUUCCUUUGCAUGUCAAGAUGCCGAUGUCCCACCUUCCUGUCAAGACAGAGACACUUUUUGGAAAUGAUCAGGGACAUAAAGUUCUGGGAAUUCAUCAGGGAAAAUUCGAGCUGCACAAAAGGGCAGCCCAAAAGCGAAAGCCUCCGUUGAAGCCCGUGCUGUCAUCUGAUCGCUUCCAAAAAAAUGCAAAACACACCGCGACCCUGCCCACAAAUACAGCAACAGAUGAAAAAAUCCUUAACCCCAUGCAGCUUGCAACUUUGCGGGCUGAAAGAAUCGCCAAAGAGAAACUGCAGAAUGCCCAAGCUGCAUCUGUGCAACAUCAGCAACAACAACAACAGCAACAACAACAAAGUCAACCAGCCGAUGCCACAAAGACCGAUGCAAGCAAAUUUCGAAAUCUGAUUUCCACUCAAACGCAAGCCCAGCAGCAUCUUCAGAAAGCAGUGGCCCUUGGAGCAUCACAAGUGGCAAGUGCAGCUGCACUCAAAAGUGGACUGGUACUUACUUCAGGCGCAGCCCCACAGACCUCUGUCACAGCCACUGGCACAACCAGUGCACCGGCACAGCUGAGCACGACUACGGCCUCAUUUGCAGGCACCAAGAGGGCCCGUCCUAUGGCUACAGUCUCCCUUGGGCAGGUGCAAUCGAGUGCAGUGGCGAAACCCGCUAGCCGAUUAAUUCAGGGUCAACCAAGCAGUCAAGUUGUCACUGGUAUAGCUACUAGCAAGAUUGUACAACAGGCUGGUAAUCUGAUAGUGGCUACUGCGGCUGGAACAGCUGGUAUCCAAACUGUGUUGAAAAAUUAUUCGCAGGGACAGCUUGCUAGAGGAGGGACGACCAUUGUAGGUACUGCAGGAACUACCCAGCUCGUGACUGGCCAGCAGCUGCUACAAGGGAAAACCUUGACGCCUCAGCACCUUGCGUUGCUUCAACAAAAACAACAGCAAGCUCAACAACAGCGAUUACAGCAGCAGAAGCACAUCCUUCAACAGCAGCAACAACAGCAGCAGUUGCAACAACAAUCACAGUCACAGCAACAGGGUGUCCAACAGCAACAGGCCACACAGGGGCAACCACAGCAGCAGGUGACAGUCAGUGCUGCACAGCUCGCAGGCCUCACCGUGCAGACAAUGAAAGGUCCCGUGCCAGUACGCGGUACAGGUCCCCAGAUACCUACUGCGCAGUUCUCACCGGCCCAGCAACAGCAAAUACUCAAGCAGGCUUUGCAGAGACACCAAAUUAUGCAAAAAGUGCAGUUGGCUCAGAGUAACCCGCAAAUGCAACAACUUAUUUCAAGGCAGCAGUUAACACCACAGCAACAACUUCAGCUUCAGCAGCUAAGCCAGCAACGACAACAGCAAAUUCAGCAACAGCAGAAUAAAUUUCAACAGCAGCAACAACAGCAACGCUCGGCUACUGGCACUCCUCCAAAACCACAGCUUGUCAUGACACAGGUGAAGCAGCCUCAGGGAAUAACAACCCAGCAACUGAAGCAAGUACCCACAACUACACCAAGGCCACAGAUUAUUCAACAGACUAAUGGCUCACUGGCACAGUCGAUUUCCCAGUCUGUGUCUCCGCAGAUACUUCUUCGAUCCACUGUUUCGCAAGGAACCAGCCAAGCUCAGCAAAUCCAGGUCCAACAAGGUUUGCCGCAGCAGAUCCAGUUGCGUGCAACGAUGGUCAGCCAGCAGACACCGCAGGGUAUCCAGCAACUGCGCCUUACUCAGCCACAGCAACUGCAGACAAUGCAGAUCCCGUCUGGAACGUUGGUGUUACAACAGCAGCAACAAAGUCAAGGAACUCAGAACCUUGCACAGGUCAUUGGACAAACACAGGUGCAAGUCGUCUCUUCACAGCAACAACAACAACGAGCUUUCCAAGCAACUCUACAAGCCCAAACAAAGCAAGUGGCGUCAACUGGACAAUCAACUGCAAGCAGCCAGCUGCAACAACAGUUGCAGAGCCAGCAAGCGCAACAACAGCAACAGGUUCCGCAAACCGUGCAGCUAAAAGUAGUCACGCAACCACAGCUCUAUGCGCAAUCGCAGAUCCAAAUCACAAGCCAAACACCAACAUCCGUUACAGCGCAACAGCUUUUGCAACAGCAGCAAAGGCAACGAUUGCAAGCGCAACAAGCGUCAACUCAACAGCAGCAACAGCAACAACAGCAGCCACAGCAACAACAACAAAAUUUAUCUGCUGCAUUGCAACAGCAACAGCGUCAAAUUCAACAGCAGCAACAGCAGCAACAGCAGCAACAACAGCAAUCGGCAACGUCGCAAGGAUCUCCUGCGCAGGCAAGUCAGCCUAGAAGGGUGCCUACCCCACAGAAAGUAUCCGAGCAGAGUCCUUUGGCUGAUGAUUCACAGGAUGAUCAGCAAGAAAGGAGGGACAAUUCAUCAGGCUCGUAUGCCUUACGCAGGAGAAGCCAACAGAAGCAUUAACUUGACUGUUUUUAGUGAUUUGCCGCCUUUUCUUGGUGUUACCCCGUCAAGCUAGGUAUUUGUACACUGAUAUAUUUAUCAGAUGGCAGACAGUAUGACAAUUCAAUUAUGCAUUACCCUAAAAAGUGCUACUUUACAGUGUUCAAUUAGUAGCAUAGCACCAGUGGGCAUGUUUUUUUCGAUUUUGGCAUGGCAAGCAAAUUUGUGCUACUGGUUGAUUUUAUGACUUGCAAGCAUAGGGCAGUGGUACAAAAAGCCGACGCCAAGCAAAGUGGCAGCGAUCACUAACGUUUGUUGUAGUUGUAAUUCAAUUCUUUGCUUUUUAGAUGUAAUUUAAGACUAGCACCAAUUAAGGUUCGAUCUACGUUUUGGCGUGUGCAAUUUAUUUCCAAUUUCAGUAGCCUUUAAGUACUGCACGUUGUAGAUGUAAAUACACGAAAUAAUUGGCCCAGUGUAAAAAAAGGGGAAAAGAGGACUUGUUGCAAUAUAUAAUCAUUAACUCGGUUGAUUACUGUUUCACCAGGGUGGGGAGACUGGAACUAAUUGUCAUGAAAGGACAUACCGCUUCAUCGAGUAUAAUCUUUGCACGCAAGUUCUUUGAUAUGCGAAAUCAGAAAGAAUAAGUUCUGCGAAAGGUAAUCAACAGUACAAUUUCCCCUUGAAUCGUUGACUCUAAAAAUAUGUUUCUCCUCAAACCUGGCCUAUCCCUUCGCAAUCCUUCUCCAGGCCCCCUCCUCGCCAAUAGGCAGGCAACGUAACGUAAGCUUUGGUGAAUGCAGUCAUGUAGAAAAUGCCAUAGCUGACAUUUCACCAUGUCAGGGCUACGAUUAAUAACUAUGUCGGUGACAGUUUGAAUUUCUUCCAAUGCGUGGAUCUAAGUAAUCAGCUGUUGCACUUGAAAACGUUCUUUUUAUUUAAGCACUUUUCUUAUUCACAGGGAAUUUGAUUGUCUUCUGCAUCAGAAUUUUAGGGUUGCAUAACACAGUACUAAACCAUAAAUUAAUUCGGUGUUAAGACAAACAGACUAUUGACUACCAGACUGUAGUGUUACAACCUGUAUGUACAUCGGUAUACGGAAAAUUAUCUUCGAUUUUUUGUAGAACUAAAUUUUAUGUAAAUAGCCACUUCAUUAAAUGACUGAAUCAAGUCAUAA